AUGAGUCUCGCGAUCGCGUUAUUGAGUGCGUCUGAUAUUGCGAGUGUUCUCAGUGCGUCCAGUGUUCCUAGCGUGUCCAGCAUUCAUUCUCGUAGUUAUUCUUUCGCGCGAACGACGAUGAGCAACAACUAUGAAAUUUCGAGAUUGCGGAAGAUGCUCCAGGAAUGCACGCUCACGCCGUGGAUGUGCGUCUGGAAGAUACAGUACAUCAGAAAUCUCAUGAAUGCGAUCCUCAAUAUAGCGAACGAGGAGAAUCAUCAGCAGUCGUCGCUAUUGGACAACGUGACCGCCCUGAGCGAAGCGCUAUCAUUGUUUCAGGAAUACUACAGCCUGCCAGGAAACGGCGUUCUGACCGUGGAAACGAUUCGCGUCAUGCGCAGGCCGCGAUGCGGCGUCGCGGACGUUCACGCUUACAGCCCGUUGACGAGAAAGUGGCCGAGGACGCAUCUCACGUGGAACUUCAAACUAGCGAACAGAGAUACUCUGCGCACGACUCAGAGCGCGUUCGCUCUGUGCGACAAUGGAGGCUCGUGCCCGUCGCCGUUCGCAGGACCGGAAUCGGUCGUCGCUCACGCGUUCUUUCCAACGGGAGAAUCCAAUCAAGUGACCGAGGUGCACGUCGACGAGACGGAGCCGUGGCACAUCACGCUGACCAGGCCCUCGUCGGACAGGCUGUAUCUCCUUCAGACGCUGACGCACGAGAUCGGUCACACUCUAGGUCUGACUCACAGAAAGGCGAUAUCCGCUCAGGCUGAGCAUAGAGGACGUCAUAAACGAAAUCUCUACGGAUCGAGAGAGACGACGAAUCCUACGAUCGUUGACGCUACUCCGACGACCGCGGCGACGACUACGACGACGACGGCCUCGACGACGACUACGACGGCCGCGGCGCCGCCGAGGACGGUUAAGCCGCCGCUCGCUCCCUCCGAUACCGCGGAUCUAUGCGCCUUGAAGCGCGUAGACGGAGCGCUAAUCAUGAAUCGUCGCUUGUACGUCGCGCGUAAACGCAACGUGUGGCCCGUCGAUAUGAGGGAGAGACGCUACGGAGCGCCCUUCUCGUUCGCCGACUACUUCAAGUUCCUCCCCCGCAAUCUCACUCACGUAUCGGCCAUGUAUCAGAGACCCUCGGGCGAUAUUGCGAUAUUCGCCGGCGACUACGUCUACCUCGCCGAUUCGAAUUUUCAUCUUAAAGCGGGAUGGCCUAGAUCCGUCCAAUACGUCGGAUUUCCUCGCGACGCUAGGAUAAACGCCGCGAUAAACACGCACGCCGGGCGCAGCUACGUCAUAUACAACGACGACAAAAUAGCCGAGAUAAACGACUGCGCGAUGACCGUCGCGAGGCACGGCGCUCUGCGGGAUACGUUUUCCGGGAUGCCAUCCGCGAUAACGGCCGCCUUCCGCCAUGUCGACGGUAAUCUCUAUUUUCUGAAGAAACGCGAGUAUUACGCGUACAGCGAGUUCAUCGACGCGAUAAUCUCGGCCGGUCCCUUUGAUCUUAGCAUAUUGGGAAUAGAAUGCCCAGCCGAUGGCAUUCUGCAUCGAUUGAGCGAACUCGUCUCCAAGCUGUAUCGUUUGGAAUACGCGUCCUUCGAAAGAUCGCGCAACGACGACGACAACGAUGACGACUAA